ACAGUUUUGUUUAUUAAUAACUAAAAAUUAUUAUAUCGGCCUUUAAAACUAAGUUGAAACCAGAUUUUUGUAAAAGGGGCCAUGACUUGAUUUGUUUACAUUCGUAAGGCUUUUUUGGUACUUUGGGUUUAAAACAAUUAAUUGAGGGAAAUGCAGUUGCCUGGUGCCCCAUUUUCUUUAUCGUAAAUAAACAAUUAUUGAACGAUAAUCCGACUCUGAUUGUAAUUUCCAAUGAAAACUAACACAUUUGAACCAAAUUUUCGCAGGUGCCGAGAGAUUUUUUUGACAAUCUUUUAUCUUAAUUUAUUUGACAACUGUAGUUGCCAUAAUAUGCCAAAUUAAUAACUUGAAAAUGGUUAAAGCUUCAACUAAAGCCUCUACAAAAACUUCGACUAAAACAAAAAAGCAAAAAAGUGCCGCUAGUCUUCCGGAAGGUCAGCCUGGGUCGCUGAGGUCAAAAAUAAGCGUUUUGACCGAAGAAGACUUAACGAAUUCGGCUGAGAUUACGAUAGUUAUACAAAGUUACCAGAAUAUUCCUGCCAAUUAUCCUUCUUCACAUAUAUUGACCAAAUGUCAAUAUAUGGGGAAAAGUAUUGGGGAAAGUACAAAAGUGCUACUCACCGAUGAUCCGAUCCUAAUAACCGACCACAAAUUUAUCAUUAGAUGUAACAUUGAUUCCCCCAAUGGCUUAGAUAAAUUAGUGACCCAUCCCGUGAUCCUCCAAAUUUUUCAAACACCAAACGAGUCUCGCUUAUUCACCGAGAGUGAGCACAACUUGGACAUUGAAAAAAUUAUUUUAGACGAAAAUUUAUCGUCAAUUGAAAGCGCUCUCUCCUUAUACGAGGCACUGACCGGAGACGUGGUGGAAAAAGUUGACAUUAUAGCCUCCCCGAGUAAUAAAAAAGUCAAAAGCAAAUCGAAAAAAAAGAAAAGCAAAGACAAAAUCAGCAAGUCGAGUAAAGGCAGCAAGCAAAGCAAAGACAACGUUAAGCGAAAAUCAAGCAAAGACAGCAAAAAAUCCAAGGGUUCGUCAAAAGCAUCAUCGAAAAAAGGGCGCAGUAAAGACAAACUCCCGAAAAAAACCGACAGUGUUAAAAGCGAAACGGAAACUGGAGCUUGCGUCAUAGAUCUGUUGCCGCUCAUUUUUGGUAACUCCACUUUUACCGAAUUUGUGCCCCUGAUCAUCCCUCACACGUUUUGCGACGACCGUAUGACUCGGUAUUCACACAAACCUGGGCUUUCUGUAAUGGUAUCAAUCGAUAAACCUGUAGAAUUUCCUUGCACACCAAUUUUAGCAAACUUAACGUUGGAGUCGAUUUACAACAUUCCCUCAAUCAUGAAUAACGAAAUGGAAUGCCAAGUUUGUAUGGUCAUACCUUCUGCAAACCUGCCCCAUAAACCAGUGUUGUUUAAAAAUGGAACUUACAAAGAAGUCGCGCCACAAAAGGAGUACAAACAGUGGCCGGAAGUUCCAAACGAGAGUUAUUUCAAUAAAACAGCAUAUAAAGUGGAGAGCGAUACUAGCAAUGUCAAAAACUGUGUAGACAAUGUCAAGAACAUAGAGGAAGCCACCAGUGAGAGUAAACCAGUGAUACAGUUUAACUGUGUUAAAAGAAAUGUCCUCCUAAAGGAAGGGUUUUUCACUUUGUAUGACCACAUUCGAAAAUAUCGCAGACUUGUACUUGAGUUUUAUGUCUUUAAGAAGCAAACUGAACAUAAGAAAGAAUCAAAACCAUCGAAAGUCAAAAGUAGGACAAGUUCUACAACUAUUGACGAAGUUAAAGAAAAACCAACGAGUUAUCUUCACUUAAUGGCCGUGGUCGACCUUUCGUCGCUCAUUUUUCCCGGAGUCACUAAGCUGCGUUUGGCUGCACCCUUGACCACGUUUCACUACCAAGAAGCCCUGUUUUACGGUGGUUUAAACGACUCACAUUUUUUCCCUUCUCCAAAACUUGAAUCGGCUGUAUUACAUAAGAACGAAUCUAAGUUGAAAGCUCACAAAAAAGAUAAAAAGUCCAAGAGCGACAAAUCGAGCGCGAAAUCAAAAGGAAGUAAGAAAACAAAAGGGAGUAAAAAAUCUAAAGACAGCAAAAAAUCCAAAGGGAGCAAAAAAUCCAAAGGGAGCAAAAAAUCUAAAGGGAGCAAAAAAUCAAAAGAGAAAAAAGCCAAGAAACACCCGAAAGAAGAUUUAAAUUUAAAUGAUGCGUUGCCAGCGGAGCCCCCUCCUGAGACACCCCCAGAACCCAGUAAAAAAGUCUACAACGAAAAGGGGCAACAAACAUUUAUUGUGUUAGAAAUAGAACUGACACAACCCCUAGUUGAAAAGGCUACAGUUAGUGAUUUACACGGCAGUUUGAAACAGUUAGUUCAUGUGAAACCAGCGGUCUCAAAAAUAAUGCUCAACAAGCAACUGGACACGACACUGUGCAAAAAAAUUGUGAAAGAAGUCAUAUAUAAAAUAAACGAAACGUACUGUACUUACAUUGAGAAGAAAAAUCAGUGUCACUGUUCAAACCAAGCCGACUUUUUGACUUACAUAAAACGUUCCGGUUUGUACCAAAACCUGGUUUUUACUGUGGGACAUGUCGCCUGUUUAAUCGCCCAAUUUAAAUUGGACAAGAUCGAAAAAGUGCAGUCGAUUCACAAAUAUCACAAUUUUUUGGAACACAUAUUUGUCUGGUUGAUGAGUGAAGUCAAUCAUGUUUUGAAUGAAAUGACGACAAUAGGCCGGCAUAUUAAGGCUUUCCCCGAAAGUUCGCUAAAGUCUCUCUUAUUUUACGCCAAAGAGGCGGAAGAGAUUGGAAACGCGGCUUUGGCGGAACAAUAUUAUUUAAAGAGAAUGCAAUACGACCCAACAAACCCUGGUCCUUGGUUUGAUUUUGCUGUUUACAAGGUCGGAAAAGGGGACUACGAAAGCGCCCUAAUGUGUUUACAAGAGGCUUUAACCAGAAAAUUGUACCAUCACAAUAGUUUAUUACUAACUGGUGUACUUCUCGCCGAAACUAAACGUUUCAAAGAGGCGGAAAUGUGUUUAUUGACUUUAAUGGUUCAAGAGUCUCGGUGGACUGAAGGAUGGGCUGUUCUCUACUUAUUUUACAAAGAAGUGGAUAACGCUGGAGGAAUGGAUUUAUCGAAAGAAAUGGUUUUGAAAUAUUUGGACGAUCCUCGAUCUCCAACUGACGAUUUUAUAAAAAAUGAGGACUUAGUAUGGACUUCGGAAAUAUGUCCGAACACGUUAUAUUUCAAAGCAAGCGUCAUUCUUUUGAAAAUGAGGCUAUACUCAUGGGUGGAGAACGCACUAGCAUGCGAGUUGAGAGAGCCUGGAGUUGUGCACUAUUUGUUGGCUGUUAUUUGUUAUUACAAGAAAAAUUAUCAUCAUGCACUUGAACAUUUAGACCGAGCACGAUUUUUCCAUGGUUCUGACCGUGCAGUUUUGAGUUUAACAGGCCACUGUUACCUAGCCAUUGGGAAACAACAAGAAGCAUACGAACAGUAUUCACACAUUUUAGAAUCUUUUCAAAGACCUGAUAAUAUUCAUCUAGUUUACUUGAACUGUGCUAAAGUAGCGCCCAACGCACAGGAAGCAAAAAAAUUAUUACUUACAGCUUGUAAACACAGACCGACUCCAUACACAUGGAUGGCUUGUGGCAUUGCAUAUUUGAAAUUGAACGAUUUUUUGAGCGCCGAGGAGUGUUUUUCUGAGUCGGUUUUCUUAGAUAAUUCAAGAGCUGACGCUUGGGGUUAUCUAACAUUGACUAAUUUGAAAAUGCGACGGCUUAAUGAGGCUGAAAUGUGUUACGCAUUAGCACUGAAGAAUGAUUUAACAGAUCAAUGUUUGCUGGAUGAGAUACAAAUUGGGUUCGAAAAAUUAAAAUCAAAAUAAGUCUUCUUUAUUAAUGUUUUGUAUUAAAAAUUAUAAGUAAAAAUUAAAAAAAACUUAA